AUGUCCACCUUUGAUUACAUGGAUUUGUGCCGCCUGUGUCUUGUCAAGGAUCAAGUGUCCGUCCCGAUAUUCGAGGGCGACGGCGAUGCCAGACAAAUAUUCCACAAGAUAGCUUUCUGUCUGCCGGUCAAGGUGAACAGAGAAGACAAAUUGCCAAAAAAAAUAUGCGACGACUGUGCUUACAAGGUAGAGCUGUGUUAUCAGUUCUACAACACCACGGCCAACGCUGAAAAACAGUUGAUGCAAUGGCUCGGGGAAGUUGGACUUGAGGACAAGCAGGGUUACGAGCAAGAAGUUAUGACUUCGGCAGACAACAGAAUAAACGUAACAGUAAUCUCCAAUGAGGAGCAAUCCAACAGCAUGGAAAUCAACAUGAUCGAUGGUAUGAGCCUAAGUUUACCAAUCAUCAUGAACCAACAGAUGCCCGCAGUGUCGAUGAGCUCGACGGACAAUUUACAAAGUAUCCAGUCGGUUGCUGGAACAAGUGUCCAGGCGACUGGUAACCGCAUGCGAAAAGACGGAGAAGAGAUUGACACCGAAGAAGAUGACAAUUCUGACGACGAGUGUGAUGCUGACGAUGGUCUUCAAGUGGUGAAGGAGGAGAGUGAAAACACAAGUGGUAGCAGGUCGAUGGAAUCAACUACUUACGUGAACGUGUUACCGUGCAACGAAGCCGGACCCUCAGGACUUCAGAAGCAAAAACUGUCAGAUAUAAUGGAGAUGGGAAUGCAGCAGUCUGAAGACAAUACCAAAACUGGAUUUUUUGUAACGAAACUGACGACCAUAUCACCGGAGCAGUGCAACAUCGACGGAAUAAAGGUACUGUGCGAAGGUUCGAGCCACGAAUUGGUGCUAACAGAUCAGACUCUUCACGUGACUAAAGACGAGAAUCUAGAAGAGGGAAUUGUACCAGAGGGAAUUAUUUGUGAGCUAUGCGGGGAUAGAUUUUUGAACGACAAAGAUCUUGAGCUCCACUUGAGUACGCACGAGCACUUGAGAUCAGAGCAAGAGUACCAGAUCAUGGGGAUGGAAGAGGACACAGCAGAAGAAGUGAUCGAGUCCACGGAGAUCGAUGACACCAAGGUUGUUUACGUCUGCAAUAACUGCGGGCGCAGUUUCAUGACCGCUGCAGCGCUUAACAAGCAUGAGCAGCAAAUUCACGCUAUUUGUGAGUCUAAGUACUACUCUUGCAGCCAGUGUAAUUACGUAACGCCCCACAAGAAGAACUUGGCGAGUCAUGAGCGGCAUCAUGAUGAGCAAGAGUACAAAUUUGAUUGUGAAUUGUGUCACCAGAGGUUCUACACAAUGGACAGCUUCGAGGAGCACCAGCAGGAACAUCAGCAAGAACACCAGCAGGAACAGGUCCAGGAGAUGCCUUUUCAAUGUGACACUUGCAAUGCGACCUUUAGGUACCAGCAAGGCCUAAGAUUGCAUGCCAAGCUCCACGAGCCGAACUACGUUCCUCCUCAGAAGAAGCAUCUCUGCAAGCUCUGCAACAAGCGGUUCUCCAGGAAGCAAGUCCUGAUGAUGCAUCAAGAGGAGCGACCUUUUCCUUGUCAUAUUUGCAACAAGCCUUUUAAAACUGAUAAAUUUUUAAGGAUCCAUUUAAAGCAGCACAACAAGCGAUACUGCUGCGAGAUCUGCGGGAUGUCCAAGGUGUCUCCUUACGACUUGAGGCUCCACAUGAUGAAGCACAACAAGGAGUACUACGCGCAUUGCGAGUACUGCCAGCGAGGGUUCUACACUAAACAGUCUCUCCAGCGGCACAUUCUCACCCACACUGGAGAAAGACCCUUCGGGCACUUGGUGGCGCACAGCGACUUGCGACCGUACCAGUGUGAUAUCUGCAACAAGUCCUUCAAGCGAACGAGCACCUUAGCAGUGCACCGGAGGAUCCACACCCGGGAGCGCAACUUUAUCUGCGACGUAUGUGGCCGCGCUUUUAUCCAGGCGUCCCAGUUGGCGAUGCACCAGCGAAGACACUUCGAGAACCCAUCAAGCACCAGUGCGAGUUCUGCGGGAAAAUAUUCGCGUAUAAGAACUCUUUAA